AUGGGCUUGUGGGUCCUUGAACCGAAGUCGAGCGACAAAGUCCCUGGGACUGUUUACGUUGAACGAGAAGAUGAGCAGUCGCGCAUCAAGACGGCCCAUCUCAAGACGGGCACCGGCCGUCAUGAUGGCAUCAUCCUGGUGCCCCAGCCGUCCAACUCUCCCAACGACCCCUUGAAUUGGCCCGAGCGGGAAAAGAUAUUCCAUAGUUGGUUCCUUGCCAUUGGCAGUGGCCUUUCCUCGGGGACGGCCUUCUUCCUAAACCCCUCGCACGGCGUCAUGGCCAAGGAGAUAGGAACCACGCUCACCCAGCUCUCCCGGUCCGUGAGCUUCCUCAUGGUCGGCCUCGGCCUCGCCGGUAUUCUCACCACGCCACUGGCCCGUAUCUACGGCAAAAGACCUGUCUUUAUUGGACUGGGAAUCACCGGCAUCAUUGGUUACAGUGUGAUUCUGGCAAACCCCAAGCAUAUGCCCUCAAUCUACGCUGGCCGUGCUCUCUGGGGAGCUUGUGUCUCUGGUCUUCAGUACCUCGUCAGCUCCAGCGUCGGUGACCUGUUCUUCGUUCACCAGCGCGGCUUCCACUUGGCGUUGUGGCAUUUUGGACUCUCUGGUGGUAAUGCUCUAGGUCAGGUCAUUGCGAGCCAGAUUGUGCAGGGGCAGAGUUAUGUCUGGGCAUUUCGAUAUGCUGUCAUCUUCAUGUCAGCGUACAUAUUCCUACUCUUCUUGCUAAUCCCAGAGACCACCUACAACCGUGCAAAGAACCAAGACGGACCCAUCCAGCAGUUGGAACAAGAUGAAAAAGCAAACCCCGACGCUGCUGCUAUCGCCAGUGUCUCUGACAUUGAGGGCAACGGCACGCCCGAGAAACGCAAGACCUGGCUGCAAGGCCUGAAGCUUUACAAUGGCCGCUUCAGCAACGAAAACUACCUCCGCGCGGUUCUCUCGCCCUUUGUAACGCUCAUUCUUCCAGCAGUACAUUGGGCUGCUUACGCUUAUGGCUUGACUGUGGCCUUUGCCGCCGCGAUAUCGGUGUCCCUGGCACAAAUCUUUACCGCGGCACCCUACAACUUCACGACUGGUGCCGUGGGGCUGACGGUUCUCUCACCCUUGGUCGGAAACAUCAUCGGCAACUUCAUUCCAGGCCCCGUCGCUGACUGGCUAGUGACUUAUAUGUCGCGUAAGAACGGUGGCAUUUACGAGCCAGAGUUCCGCAACAUCCUCUGCGUGCCAGCGCUCGUGACCGGCGCUGUGGGCUUCUGGGGGUUCGGGCUAUCCAUUCACUACCGUAUACACUGGUUCGCUCCCGUUUUCUUCUUCGGCCUGUCAGCUUUCGGUGGUGCCAUCAUGUCGCUUGUCUCCAACACGUAUCUGCUCGAUUGCCACCGAAAAUACGCUCAAGAUGCUUACGCUGCCGUCACAUUCAUCAAGGCAGCCACGAGCUUUGCCAUUUCAUUCUUUGUCAAUGACUGGCUUGCUAAGCAUGGCCCAAUUAAUGUUUUCUUUGUCAUUGGUUCCAUCCACAUCGUUGGCUGUCUCUAUGGUUUGUUUCUCUAUGUUUAUGGCAAACGGGUUCGUCUACGCAAUUCUCCCUACCAGUAUAACAGCAGGACUAACUUGAAUAGAUUCGACUCGCGGUCCAUAACUCUCAGUCAAUCCAAAACAUCCUUCGCUGGUGCGGAAAUGCUGAGUCCUAGUUCAACUGAAUGUAGCAAGAGGACACGGUGA